AUUUCAAGAUUCUCUUUUACGUCCGAAACACAGCAGCAGUCGGUGGACAGAGAAGUCCAAAAACCAUUCCCCCACACUUCAUCUUCACGCACGCGUUUCACGGGAGCCAGAGCCGCCGAUAACCACCCCGCACGUUAGAUUCCGGCGAAUCUCCGACCACAUUGCCAUCGUGAUGUCAGAUUCCGUUCACCAGGUGUUGAAAUGAAUGGGAUUCAAGGCAGAAAAGCUCAAAACGUUGAAAAGUUUCCAGGAUGCUUAGGCAGAAUGGUUAACCUGUUUGACUUGAGCUCAGAUGUUCCUGGAAACCGAUUGCUGACUGAUAAACCACAUUGUGAUGGUUCCUCAAUCUCAAGGAGUCAUUCUGAUGUGGUUAGGAUGUUGAGCCCCUCUUUUGGAGAUCCAGUAGAGGAUAAAGUGAUUGUGUCUGAGUUGAGAAGAACUUCAUCUAACCAGAGAACUAAUGGAACACCCAUGAAGACACUCAUAGCCCAAGAAAUGUCAAAAGAAGUGGAGUCUAAGCGUAACCCACCCAAUGUGGUUGCCAAGUUGAUGGGGCUUGAGACACUACCAAGGCAGCAACCUAAUCUAGCUGCACACAGAAGCCAUUCCAGAGGUUCUUCACGGCGUUCUGUGAGUCAUUCGGAAAUGCCUCUGGAAUGCUGGGGGCAAGAUGAAGGCUUUCUGGACAAGCAAAUGCAGUGUGAUGUUCAUCAUUGUCAAGAACUGAACAAAUGCAAAGAUGUUUAUGAAAUCUGGCAACGGUCUCAAAAGACAAGCUGUUUAAGAGAUAAUUCAAAACAAAAAGGAAGGUAUAAUGAUGUUGCAAAUGAGAGAAACAUGGCUCUAGUUCGUCAGAAGUUUAUGGAAGCAAAACGUUUGGCCACAGAUGAAAAGCUUCGGGAGUCCAAGGAAUUCCAAGAUGCAUUAGAAGUAUUGAGCAACAAUAAAGAGUUAUUCCUCAAGGUUCUGCAGGAACCAAAUUCCAUGAUCUCUCAGCAUCUCUACAGUUUGCAGUCUUUGCCUUCACCUCCUGAGACUAAGCGCAUCACUGUCCUUAGACCUUCAAAGAUGGUUGAAUGUGAUAAACUUGCAGUACCUGGGAAGAAGAGUGACAGACAUACAAAGAAACCAGCACAGAUUGGUCCACUGACUGGGUGGGAUAGAAAUAACCCUGGAUAUCCUGCCCAACCAACGAGAAUAGUGGUACUGAAGCCUAGCCCUGGCAAGCCUCAGGACAUUAAAACUGUUGUUUCUCCCUCUCUCUCAUCACCUAGCAUAUCAUGUGGUGAAGCAUAUUAUGAGGAACCUGAAGAUGAUGUUGCACAGGAAUCAAGAGAGGUGGCCAAGGAAACCACAAGGCAGAUGCAUGACAAUCUGGGAGGUCACAGGAGGGAAGAAAUUUUGCUUUCAUCAGUCUUUUCCAAUGGUUAUAUUGGUGAUGAUAGUUCAUUCAACAAAUCAGAAAAUGAGUGUGCAGCUGGGAACCUCAGUGAUUCAGAAGUCAUGUCACCAGCAUCUAGACAUUCAUGGGAUUAUAUUAAUAGGUUUGGUAGCCCUAUUUCUUCCCCAUCCUUUAGCCGUGCAUCCUGUUCUUCAGAGUCAUCAGUUUGCAGAGAAGCAAAGAAGCGCCUGUCUGAAAGAUGGGCCAUGAUGGCAUCAAAUGGGAGAUCUGAGGAACAUAAACAUGUCAGGAGAAGCUCUAGUACAUUGGGUGAGAUGCUUGCUCUUUCUGAUACAAAGAAGCCAGCUAGGUCUGAUGAGGAGGAGAGUAAUAAGGAGCAAGAACUUAUGGGAUCAACUUCCGGUGUAGUGGAUAAAGAAGAAAGUAUGAAUGAGUCUCCUAAGAAUCUUCUGAGGUCAAAAUCUGUCCCUGUGUCUUCUACUGUUUUUGGUUCAAUGCUCAAUGUUGGAGUCUCAGAUCCGGAGGUUAGCAAAAUGCAGGGUCCCAAGGAGGCUAUUAAGGAAAAAACCACAAAAUCAUCUUUAAAGGGGAAAGUUUCAAGUUUAUUUUUCUCAAAGAAUAAGAAAUUGAAUAAGGAAAAAUCUAAUGCAUCUGAACCUAAUAAGGAUGAUUCUCCAUCUGCCACACCUGGAACACCAGGGUCUCCGGUCAUUCAUCUUCGAAAGUCAGACAGGGAUGCCUCUCAGUGUGUAAAUAACAGUUCAAUUGAAGAGUGUUUGUCUUCUGAUCUGGGUAGAUCAGGAAUACAUACUCCAGAUUUAACCAGCAUGGACAAGAAAGAAGGCAUAGUUUCUCAAGAGGCAGUUUUGUCUGUAGCAAAACCUUUGAUGCCUGGGCACGCAAGUGAGAAUCUGGACCAGCCAAGUCCCAACUCAGUUUUAGAGCCACCAUUUGAAGAGGAUGAGGCCACCAUCCCAGAGUCAUCCAGCAAUAUCAAACUGGAGUAUCGAGGAGUGGAGGAGCUGUCAAAAUCUAACUUGAUUGACAAGUCGCCACCUAUAGAAUCAAUUGCUCGCACGCUAUCAUGGGGUGAUUCUUGUGCAGAGACACCCAUAGCAUAUUCAACAAAACCCUCAAGUUCCCCAUGCGGAAAGGAGGAAGAACAGGAUUGGCUUUUCUUUGUCCAAUCAUUAUUGUCAGCGGCUGGCCUUGAUCCUGAAGUGCAAUCGGACUCAUUUAUUCCGAGAUGGCAUUUGACUGAAAGCCCAUUGGACUCAUCAUUGAGAGACAAGUAUGCUAACUUGAAUGAGAAGGAACCUGUGCACGAGGCUAAGCGAAGACAACGGAGAUCAAACCGGAAGCUUGCAUUUGAUUUUGUCAAUGCAGCAUUAAUGGAGAUAACAGGUUAUGGGUCAGAUGGUUGUACGAGAACCAUGUCAUUUGGCAGGCUCCAGUGGACACCACCCAUGCUGGUAGACCACGUGUGGGCCCAGAUGAAGGAUUGGUUUUCCGGCAAUGGAAAGUGUAGUCUUGUUGAUGAUGCGGACAGCAACAGCUUAGUUGUGGAAAGGAUGGUAAGUGAAGAGCUGGUGGGUAAAGGAUGGACUGAUCAAAUGAAGUUGGAAAUGGAUAAUCUGGGGAAGGAGAUAGAGAGUAAGUUACUGGAAGAGCUUGUGGAGGAGUCGGUGGUUGAUUUAACAGGGAGGGUUGUAUAAUGCAGUUGACAUUUUCUUCCACGGUGUAUUGUAACCCUCAUCAUUUGUGAAUUUUAUGUAUUUGAUUUUCCAGAACAAUGAGCCUACGCCUCUACCCACCUUAUUUGUUUAAUGCUGCCCAAAGGUAAAGAUUAGCAUUAUUCGAUAAGUCAUUUAAAUUUGUAUUUCCUAACAAGACAGAACGUAUAUAAAUAUUUUUCCCCACC